AUGGCGAUGAUGAUGGCUGGCCGUGUGCUGCUGGUGUGUGCCCUCUGCGUGCUGUGGUGCGUUGCCGGCGGUGUUUAUGCGAGGGAUUUUGACACCAACGCACUGGGUGGCUGCAUGGCGUCGGGAGUGUUGGGUGAGAAUGGAUCCCACAUGCCUGACGGAUGUAAUAAAACUGCGAUUACGGUGCCUUUGCGGUCAGUACUGCCCAUUGCUGCCGUCGAAGCCUCGGAUGAAGAAGGUUCUGUUGAAACAAAGAACAAUUCGCAUUCAAGUGAGACUUCCGACGUUGGUGCUUCUCCUGGUGGUGCUGGCGCUGCCGGGGCUCCUGCUGCUGCUGGUGGAACUUCAGCUGGAGGCGACAGUUCUGGCUCUGCUGGUGCUGUUCCAGGGGCCCCUGGUGGUACAGGGGCUUCUGGUGUUCCUGGUUCUGGUGGCGGCGGUGGAGGCAGUGGAACUUCUGCUGGCGGUCAAGGCAACAGUGGCAUCUCUCCUGCUUCUUCUGGUCCUGCUGCUCCUACUGGUGUUAAUUCUUCAACUGGCCGAAGUGGUGAAGCAGGGUCCUCAGGCAGUAAUUCAUCUAACACAACAGGAGAAUCUCAAACAGGAGAUCAGACGCCUGCUCCAGCAGCGGCUCACAACUCCUCGCUACCCGAAGGACCGGCAGGAACGACAUCCGGCACUGGACACACACGACAAGAAGAAGAAGAAAGUGAAAAGCAGCAGCAAAGUGAUGAAGUACAAGUCCAACAACACCAACAGCAUGAACACCCCGCGGAAAAUGGCGAAGAAUCCGCGAAAGAUAAAAACGCCCUUCGUACAAAUGCCACCGCAAAUACAGGCGACAGUGACGGCAGCACCGCGGUCUCCCACACCACCUCCCCUCUUUUGCUUCUUCUUGUUGUUGCGUAUGCGGCUGCUGCUGCGGUGGUGGCCGCGUGA